AUGUCGGUCAAGACGGCUUAUAUUACUGGCGGCGCCAGCGGAAUCGCCCUGGCUGUUGCGGAGAUGCUGGUGGGCAGAGGUGUAAGGGUGUGCAUCGCCGACCGCAACCUCGAAGGCGCCAAAGCAGCCGCCGAGAAACUGGGCAAGGGCGCCAUUGCCGUCGAAGUCAACACGCCAGACUGGGACUCGCAGUUGGCGGCGUUCGAAACGGCCGUCAAGGAAUUCGGCCGGAUCGACUACGUUUUUCCCAUUGCAGGAAUUGGCGAGCGCAAGACGGUCAAGAGAGACGGAUCGACGUCAGGCUUCCAGAAACCUGAUCUUGCAACGCUCGACGUUGACCUCAUCGGCGUGUUGUAUACCGCUUACCUCGCGAUCCAACAGAUGAGGAGACAGGAGAAGGAUAGCUCGGGCUUUCGUGGGAAGAUCGCUGCCACUGCUUCGGCCUGCGGAAUCUACUGUGUUCCAACGAUCCCGAUAUACACAGCGGCGAAGCGCGGCGUGGUUGGAUUCGUCCGCAGCUAUGGCAAGUACCUCCCGGAGGAAAACAUCACGCUCAAUGCCGUUUGCCCGAAUGUGGUCAAAACGCACAUCUCGUCGGAUGCCUUCUACGAAAGGAUUGAAAGCGAAAACCUCAUGACCCCCAUGAAAGGUGUGAUCGACGCGUUCGAGAGCUUCCUGGACAGUGAUAUUUCGGGUGAAUGUAUGGAACAGGGGCCCAAGGGCGGGUUUGUGAGGAGGGCACCAGAGCCGUACCUGGACCAAGAGUCGGAGAGAGCCAUGGACCUGGUCUACGAACGCUCAUAUCCUCUUCAUCAACCAGAAUAG